AUGAUGCUUGGACCUAAAUCAUUCCAAAUUUGUAAGAAAACUUUCUUGUUUACAGGAGUCGGUCCACCAGGAGUGCAACCUCCGCCUUCCUUCAAGGCGGAGGACUGGUAUCCCAGUAAUCUUCCUACUGUCAAACCACCUCGAAGAUCGAAAGGACUUGAGACAACUCAAAUUCCAGUGUCGGACAUUACGACAGUGAACGGAAAUGGCAUCGUUCCCUCUUCCUUCACAAGUGCUUCUCCAUCAACGGGUGAUGGUACUACAACAACACAGUUACCAGAGUUGACGACUGCGACAGCUUUAAUGACUGUGAUCGACAAUGAUGAGACCGUGAAAGAUCCAGCAAACGGAACAAAUCUCGUUUCCGAGGACGUUGUCUUGGAAAGUUCGACGGAGGCGGAAGAGGGAAUAAGCAGCUCUGCGGAAGUGCCACCCUCUUUAGAAGAAGAAUCCACGACUUUUGUGAGCAGUAGUACUACGGUCAAGCGUGGCGCGGACGAUGAUUCACGCAGUUCCAAAAUCAAAAGCGAAUUCAAGAACAAUAAAGUGAGCUCGGAUGUGACAACGCUAUCGCCUGACCAUGAGGAAACAACAGCUCCAGGGAUAAUGGGCUGCACGGACAUAUUUUUCGUGCUGGAUUCGAGCGGCAAUGUCUUGGAGCAGUACGAGAAUCAAAAGCUGCUGAUUGGCGAUAUUUUGAUUGAAUUAGGAGAAGCAGAGCGUCAGUAUGGACUGAUGACAUACGCUGGCAGAACUCGACAGAGGAUAAACGUGUCACCUCGCUCACACCUGUCAAAGUCCCUCUUUGCAAAGAAAGUUGCAAGUGCACCGUUCCUAUCUGGAAUCACCGCAACCGGAUCAGCUCUUAAAACCCUUGCUAAUCUGAAUUUCGUGCGUAGCACUGAUGUUGUAGUGGUAACCGAUGGAUUUUCCUUCGAUCGAGUGCAGGAAGGAUCCCAGUUGUUAAGAGCUGUGGCAGGAAUUAGAGUGUUUGUGGCUGGAAAUUACACUCCUGUACUACUUGACGUCCUUACUUCUAUAACUGGUGACUCUACACGAGUGUUGGUGGGCAAGAAAUCUAUUCCCCAACUGGUGAAACUUCUUCAAUGUUGAUUUUUGUGCAUACAUGAAUAAACGUAAC